AAGAGAAAAACCUGAGGGGGGUGGGGGGAGAGAGAGAGAAACCUGAGAGAGUGAGUAAGUUUGGAAAAGCCCUGAGAAAGAGAGAUUGUGAAAAAAAAACUUGAGAGAGAGAGAGAGAGUGGGUGUGGAAAAAAACCUGGGAGAGGGUGAGUGUGAAAAGACCCUGAGAGAGAGUGAGUGGGUGUGGAAAAAAAACCUGGGAGAGGGUGAGUGUGAAAAGACCCUGAGAGAGAGAGAGUGGGUGUGGAAAAAAACCUGGGAGAGGGUGAGUGUGAAAAGACCCUGAGAGAGAGAGAGAGUGGGUGUGGAAAAAAAACCUGGGAGAGGGUUAGUGUGAAAAGACCCUGAGAGAGAGUGAGUGGGUGUGGAAAAAAAACCUGGGAGAGGGUGAGUGUGAAAAGACCCUGAGAGAGAGUGAGUGGGUGUGGAAAAAAAACCUGGGAGAGGGUGAGUGUGAAAAGACCCUGAGAGAGAGAGAGUGGGAAAAACCUUGAGGGAGUGAAAAAAACCUAGAGAGAGAGAACGUAUGGAAAAACCCCAGAGAGAGAGAGUGAGUGUGAAAAAAAUGAGAAACCCAGAGAGAGAGAGUGAGUGAAAACUUGAGCGAGAGAAGCAAACCCAGAGAUAAUGAGAGAGUGAGUGUGGAAAAAAAAACUCAGAGAGAGUGAGUGAGCGUGAAAAAUCUCAGCGAAAGAGAGAGAGUGUGGGAUAUUCUGGGGAAAAAUAAAGAGACAGUCGAGAGGAAGAGAAAAAGAAAACACGGAGAGAGGAGAAAAACCCAGGAGGUAAAGAGUGGAAAGAGAGAUUGAGAAAAACAUUGGGGAGAAAGAGAAAAAAAACCAGGAUGGAGUGAAGUGAGAAAAAAAACCUGGAGAGAAAAAUACUGAGAGGAGUGAGAGAAAAUUACAGUGAAAGAGGGAGAAAACGAAAGUGUGAGAAACCCUGAGAGAGAAAGAAAACACCUCAGAGAAAGUGAAUGAGGAAGCCCGUAAUGGAGGGAAGGUGGGGUGGGUGGGGCUGGUGGAGAGAGAAUGAGAAACUAUGAAAAGACCCAGGAGGGAGAGAAUGAGAAAACCUGAAACAGAGAAAACCAGAAGAACCUCGCAGAAUGAAUUUCCUUAUUUCAGACACAGUGGAUUCACUGCAAAUUGAAGUGGAUGAAGAGCACUUCUUUGAGAAAGACUGUGAGCAAUCCUUGCUGAGUCCAGAAGACACAGAUGAAUCCGGAUUUUUUGAGGAUGUGAUUUCUGUCAGCAGUGGAAAAACUAAGCUUCCAGCAGGAACUGAGUCUCUGAUUGCCACCGAGAGUGACAUAGAUCUCACAGCUCAGCUUGUGCCCUCUGGUGGGUUCCAGAAUCACUCCUGUGUGACCACUCAUCCCAUCAGUGAAACUGAGCCACAAGCAGACUGCAAGUUCAAGUACACUUUCUCGUGUAGCCCCUGCAUUUACACAGAAGCUGUUCCGAUGCACUCAAUCCAAUCCAGUGACUACAGAAUCCAUCACACACCCACUGGCCAUGACUGUUCAAAGACUCAAUAUGAGGAGACACCCAGUCGAGGCACCAGCUUUGUCAAGACCUUAGCAUCCAGCACUGUCCCCUUCAGUUUAGGGACAAGUCCCAACCCAGGCCUGGUAAAAGGCAAUCUCAGUGCUGGGAAUGUGCAAGGCUCAGGAGGACAGUUAAAUGGGGUCAGACCUGACAACACCAUGGACGGUGGUGACAGGGCACUUGUGCAAGUGCCCACCUCUGAGACUGAGUCCAACCAGAAUGAAAACUUCACCAAAGAGCCUGAGAGGACUGGGAUUUUCCCCCAAGCUCCCAAGUAUGAAGAUUGGUUGGUGGGAGAAAAUGAGGAGGAAUUAUAUUGUGAAGCAGGUGAGUGCGAUGGAGUCGACCUGUACACAGAUCCAAGUAAAAUGAGGGACAAACCAGUUGGAGGAUCAGAGGAAGUUUGUAAAUCCCAGCAUUCACUGUCUGUGUUUUUUGGUGAAUUUGCCUGUCAAGAACAUGGCUAUGAUUUGAUGUCUCAAUCAAUAGCAGACGUGGUCCAACCAGACUUGCCUGACACAGCCAGCCCACUGAGAGAGUGCAGUGCUUCACAGCAAGAAGAGACCAUAAAGAGGAAGAAGAGUCGACGUCUCUGUUUGUCUGACCCGUUCAUCAAGAACUCCAUCGCAAUUGCCUCCAACAGGCUUAGGAGGGAACUCACCGCUCAAGUUUUGGAUGAGUUGAGACAAACAUUUAUUGAGGGCUUUUUGGAAAAUGGUCAGUUUUUUGACCUGUUGGAUUCAGGACUUGUCCUGUCAAACCAAGAGAAGGAAAACCUUGUGGACAGAGUGAUUGUUACCAUGCAAGAUGGAGCCCGGCUGGCACUGAGGCCAGCCAAACACGGAAGCAUCAGUUACUACUGGCCCUGUGUGGACUUUUAUGUUGUCCAACAAUUGGGGAGCAACUGGUUCAGAGUGAAGGACAAGACGACACGGCAACUUGUGAUGAUGAAAAAGGUAUCGGUUGUCUCAGACUGGCAGAAGAAACUCCAGAACUUCUUGAGAUUGCAGCCGGAUGUGACCGUGCUCAUACCUUACGCUGUGAUGUGUGACCGCACAGGAUCAAUACUUUAUUUAAUGCAGGAUAGAGCAGUGAUUGGAUUUGGAAGACCAAGAGAAAUUGCUUUUGACUACAGAAAGAUCUUCAAACAAUGCGUAAGGUUCCUGAAUUUUUGUUGGCGUUGUGGUCUUCAUCCUGGAGAUUUUAAUUCCAACAUUGCCUACAGCAGAGAGAAUAUUUACUUUGACCCUUCAAGUUUAACUGGACUGGAGGACCUAUAUACCUUUAACAAGAGUCUAAAGGCUGCCUACAGUCUGCUGUUGGAGAUUGGAUGCCAGGCACUUAAAACACAUACUGAUGCUCUUUAUGUGGAUCUCUCAUUUGAUUCAUUCCUGGAUAUAGUGUGGCAGAAUGGAGAGGAGCAACAUGCACUUCCUGAGAGACAUUGUCUGUUGCCAGUCUGCCCAGGGGUCCCCCAAGGUCCUCUCGAUGUCCAAGGAUUUGGCGACUGAGCAAGGAGGUUUGCCAACAUUCUGAACAUAAGUGGAAACAUUCUUCUGUGGCUAUGAGCAAGCAGACCACCAACCCUCUUCUAUUUUGUACAUUGACUUUACGAUCGGAUUUCCAGGUCAAAUCACCCCAUGUGAACAUUUGCAAUUGUACCAAGAGAACCUGCUGUUCUCGCACACACCGCACCUGUUUACUCCUGGGAUCACCUAAGAAUCCAAUCUUGGUCCCUUCCUUUUCUCCCAUUUGUAUGUUGCAGCUCCAGUGAAGACACAUGAUAUAUGUCCUCUGUGUACACUGAAGAUUCGUGGCUCUAUCUUCCUACCCUGUCACUCUUAACCAUCUCCACUGCCUUUGUGACAAAGUAUCUAGCCUUAGGCUCACCAUUUGUGAGAUAUUUCUGCAGAUUCUGAUUUACUCACCUGAACUCUCACCCACAUUUUUGAUGUCCAUUACUCACUUUCAUCUGGUCCCACCAUCCUCCUCAACUUCCAUAAGUCCAAGGGAUACAGAUUUGAAACAGUAUGGCAGUUAAGUGAUUUAACCAUCCAUUGUCAGAAAUAGCUUGACCACUUUAAAACAUACCCAGCUGUCCACACAUCUGCACAAACUGCUCAUUGUUCCAGGUUCACCCUAGCAAUAUGCAAAAAUAACUCCUGGAUUAUUUACAGUAAUCUGCCUGUUUAAAUCUCUUAUUUCUGAUCCCCACUUCAACCUCACCCUGACCCCACCAGCCUCUCCUCCAAUAACAAGUGUGAAGAGCUCAUGGAGUUUUUUUGUCACUAAGAUUGAGACAGUCCCCUCGCCUGUCUCUGCUGUGUCACUCCCUCCCACUCACCCUCCUGACCAAACACCCUUCAAUUCAUCCCCACCCCCAACUCCGCCCUGACCUCACAUCUUUCUCUAGUUUACCUGUUCUCACCUUCUCUGAGUUCAACCUGUCCAUUAGACCCAUCUUAUGUUCCCUUCACCUUCUUCCCACUGAACACUGCCUGACUUCCCCUUGUAACCUCCAUGUUUCCCGAUAUUGUAAACAAUUCUCUCUGUUCAGGUGUUGUCACUCUCUCUUUUUAACCCGCCGACAUCACCCUCUCCUCACAAAACCAACCCUUGACUGUUUCUGUUUGCAAACUAGUGCCCCACCUUCAACUUCGUAUUCAUCACCAAGGUCCUUAAACAUGUUGCUACCCCCCAAAUCGUUCUCAUCUUUCCAGGAAUCCAAUCUUUGAAUCCCUCCAAUCAGGUUUAUUCCAUUGCGACAGUACUGAAAUGCCGUUUAUCAAACUCACCAAUGACAUUCUGCGUGUUGUGACUGUCGUAGACUUGUCCUCCUGACACAGUGACCACACAGUCCUCCUCCAACACCUCCCCACUAUCAUCUGGCUGGGAGGGAGUGCUGUCACCCGUUUCCAUUCUUAACUGAUCCUAGCAGAGAAUCACUUGCAAUGGCCUGUCUUUUGCUCCUUCUACCUCUGAUCUUUGCCAAGGAUUUAUUCUCUCAUAGUUUUGAUUUACGCUGUCUCUCUUUGACAAUAUCUAUAUGAACAACACUACUUUUCACAUGUAAGCUGAAAACAGCUGACUCUACUUCAAAAUCACCUCUUUUUACUUCUCCGUUGUUGCUAAAUUAUCAGAUUGCUUUUUAAAAUUGUUUUUCAAGGGCAAUGGACAUCACUGGCUAAGCCAGAAUUUGUUGCUCUUCCCAAAGACCAAAAGCUUCAGGAUGAAUAGAAAUUUCCUUCAAAUGAAUAUUGGAAAGACUUGGGUUGUAACUCCAAACUCCAAACUCCAAUCCCGAACUACUGAUUUCAUCCCUUUCUCAAGUUAGAGUCUGAGAUUAUGUCAUUUCAUUCAUAACAUUGCUACCACAUGUUGCAACUCAUCAGAUGCUGAAAAAAUCUCAUGUUCAUAUGCAAGAACUGGACAGUAUCCAGGCGUGGACCAAUAAGUGGCAAGCAACAGUUACAUCAUACAAGCACCAGGCAGUGACAAUCUUCAACAAGAGAGAGUAAACACCCUGUCGGGUUCCAUUGACUGGAACCUGAAGUGGACUAGCCAUAUAAAUACUUUGUGUAUGCACACAAUUCAGAGGCUAGGGAUUCUGUAGUGAUUACCUGAAUUCCUGAUUUCCCCAAAGCCUGUCCACUGUUUACAAAGCACAAAUCAGGACUGUCCACUUGCCUGAUGAGUGCAGUUCCAACAACGCUCAUGAAUCCUCACAAUAAAUCAGCUCACUUGAUUGGCAUCACAUGCACCAACAUUCACACCCUCCACCACUAAUGCAUUGGGGUAGCAAUGUGUACCAUCUAUAAGAUGCACUGCAGUAACUCAUGAAGACUCCUUUGACAAUUCCUUCCAAUCAGUGACCUGCAUCACCUAGAAGGACAAGACCGGCAGAUAUAUGGGAACACUACCCAUGCCAAGUUCUCUCCCAAACUACACACCAUCCUGACUUGGAAAUGUGUCACUGUUACUUUAGUAUCACUGGGUCAAAAAUUCAGAACUCCUUCCUGAACAGCAUUGUGGUUAUCCCUUCUCCACAUGGUUGGCUGUGAUUGAAGAAGGCAGUUCCCACCGUUUUCUCAAGGGUAAUUAAGAAUGGCCGAUAAAUACCAAUCUUGCCAGCAACAUCCAUGUCCUGUGAAAGAAUAAGCAGAAACAUUUGACCCUGACAUGAACUCUGAAACUUGUAUUUGGGCCAUCACACACUGCCUUUUUCCACCUCCACAAUAUUGUCCAGUUUUGCCCCUGUCUCACUUCAUCUGUGUCUGAAACUCUCAUUCACACCCACCUCCACACGCAAGCAUUCUAAUUCAAGCGCCUUCGCUGCACUCGAUCUGUUACAACCCUGCACCCACUGGACUACGGUGGUUCCCAGUCAAAGCAACAACUUGAUUUUAAAAUUCUCAUCCUUAUUUUUAUAUCAUUUCAUGGCCACAUCUUUCCCUAUUUCUGGAAUUUCCUCCAGUCUCAGAACCCUGUGUGCACCUCCAAUUUCGGUCUCCAUUGAGCAUACCCACUUUUAUUCACUCCAAGAUAUGUGGCUAUGUCUUCAGUUUCCUGGGACUGAAGUUCUUGAAUUCUCUCUACACCUCUUUGCCUCUCUCUUUCCUUCAAGACACCUCUUAAAACCCACUUUUUUCGCUGAGCUUUUGAUUGCUGACAAUAUUUCUUUAUGUGGCUCAGUGUCAUAAUUUGUUUCAUAAUGCUCCUUUGAAACACAAUGAGGUAAUUUUAUUACGUUUAUGGUGCUAUAUAAAUAUAUGAUAUAAACCAUUGGACACCAUUGAAUCUUAUUGCACUGAAGGAGAUCAUUCAAUCUAUCAUGGUUGUGCUAUCCCAUUUUUCCCUUUCCCCUAUGUUUUUUACAUUGUGUUUACAAAUAUUUUCCCUUCAACUAUUUCUCCGGUUCCUUUCUGAAAGUUAUUACAGAAUCUGCUUCCACUGCGCUUUAAGGCAGUUCGUUCUGGAUCAAAGAGUAUUUCCUUGUCUUCACUCUCCUCUUUUAGCUGAACACCGUCAAUCUGAUCACCAAACCACCUGCCGCCAGGAACAGUUUCUCCUUAGUUAAUGUGUCAAACACCUGCCAUAAUUUUGAUUAUCUGAAUUAAAUCUCUUGGAUCAGCUCCAGUUUCUUCCAUGUAGAAUGGCUCAGUGUCUUUCUUCCUGUGACCUGAAAUCUUUAUGCACCUUCUCUUCAUUUGCUUCACAGUUAGCAGAUGUACUUUUAGCUGCCUCUGCCAUAUUCUCUGGAAGUCCAUCCCUAAACUUUGUCUCCUGCUUUGACUUCUUUUAAGAUGCUGUUAAAAGCUGAUCUUUUGGACUGAGCUUUGAGUACCACUCUCUGAGUGUAACCUAGUUUCCAUUUUUGAGAAUGAACCUUUUUGAAGCAUCUUCGGAUGGUUUUCUCUGUUGAAGGUUGUAUAUAAGUGCACCUUGCUCAUCUAGCCUGAUCCUACAGGCCUGUAAUUUACUCCUUCAUUGCCAAAUGGUGCUGCGUCAGCUGCUUUGUUGGGUGACAGUCUUAACUCUGACUUCAAGUGCUUUGAGCUGGGUUCUAAACUUUGCGUAUUCAAAGUCAACACUCUCAUUAUAUAGGUGAGAGAGUAUUGUAUGCUUAGACAGUUACUGCUGUGGGAGUGCUGCACUGUUGGACUUGUCAUCUCAGACAUUAAACUGCUAUUCAAUGAAGGUUUAAGGCAUUAACGGGAAGAAAAUAUGAUUUUUAAUAACGAAAUAGACAUUCGCCUGAAGCUGUCUUAAAAAUGUUUAAGUUGAAUUGUGAUAAGAGCUUUGAAAUCAUGUCAAGUUCUUCAAUAAAAAUU